AUGAUGAGCUGCUUUCCGUACGGCCAUAGAGGCAAUGCCUCUUCUCAGUUCGAAAGGUCCGAAGUAACACAGAAUUGGGUGACUAAUCCUACACAUGGUACUGAUACUACAGGUGGCAGAACACCUGCACCGCCCUUAAGGACAACAAGCGCACCUCUUGGAAGUUCCAUUGAAAAUAUAUCCUUUAAACCGAAUAAACCAUUACCACUUACACCAGUGGAAGAAGAAAAACGUGACAAAAAGAAAUACAAAAGUGGUACCAGUAAACUUGGAAAAUUCAAACCAUCUGUUAUGCUCAAUAUAUCAGCACCAGUCAAUGUUAUGCAUAAAGUACACAUUACAAUAGAUCCAGUUACUGGUGAAUUUGAGGGUAUGCCUCCAGAAUGGUCUCACAUGUUAACGGUGGCAGGCAUCACAAAAUGGGAACAACAACAAAAUCCAACUGUUGUACUAAAUGUGUUAAAUUUAUUGAGUAGAAAAGAUGAUACUCCUCAAAAAUAUAUGACAAGUAUUAUAGGACCACCAAGUGCAUUGGAUCUGUCUUCAACUGAUCAAAUUAACACUUCAAACGAUUCAAAUAUUAGUCAAGCACUUUCAUUACCAGCAUCAAAUUGUACCAAAUGUUGCACGCCGGAUACAGAACGUGUUACCUCAUUAACUAGAAUAUCAUGUUCAGUUGAUGUAGGACCAAGAAGUAGCAGCUUAAGCAGUGGUCGUGGCAGUAGUGAAGGUAUUGGAAGUCGAAGUGGAAGUGGUAGUGGUGGUGCUGUUAGUCGAAGUAGUAGUAGUGGUCAUGGAGGUGUCGGUGGUUCCAGUGGUAUCCAAAUGUCUGGAAUGGUUCUUAGUCCUUCUGGUAGUUCCAAUGUAGCUAUUCCUCCGUCAAGUAGUUACAGUAGUUCAGGUAGUAGUUAUUCUUCAAGUACAGGAAGUGGGCCAGCACCACCAGCCGUCAUCAAUGGAGUUGAACUUAUACCUGCACCGCUUCUUCCGCACAAAUUAUCAUUUGGUUCUUCAGGUCAAACGUUAAAUUAUUCUGCAAUAUCUAAUCCAUCUAUGGAUAACGCAGCUAACACAACUAUUCUUAAUUCGAUAUCUGAUUCCCAAGCAAUUCAUCAAUCUUCACUUACCUUACCUCCAUUAGCCCCAGCACUUCAUAAUCAUACAUGCGUCGUUGGAAACACUACUUGCACACCUGGUUCUUACCAACAUCAUCAUCAUUCUAAUAUGGUAUCUCAUCGAGGAGCUACUGAACCCGGGAUCCAUUCAGAUCAUGAAAUAAGAUCAGUAACUAUGGGCUCCUCUACUAAUUUAAACACUGUCACGAGUGUCAAUAGUCGUUCUAUGCCGCCUCAUCCAUCUCCUUAUGUGAUGCAACCAUCUUCAUCAUCAUUGUCCUCUAAACAAUCCAAUCUAGAUUUUAUCAACCAAACAAAUCAAAAAACUCCCUGGCGUCCACAAAUUCAUUCACAUUUAAAUAAUCCACCACCCCCUUUAUCACCUGGUCUACCAAGACGAUUUGCUGAUGGCAUUCUAUCACCUCCUGACAUUUCUAACAAUGCAACUAUUCAAUAUUGUUCUUCAGGCCAGUCAUCCCCGUCUCCAGCAGGAUCUGCAACUCCGGUACCUACACCACGACGUGAAUCACUUGCUGGUACACCUUCUUGUCAACGAACAAUUUUACCUUUAAAUAAUAAUACUAAUAAUACUAUGAUUGUCAAUAAUAGUGGUGUACAUCCACCACCAAUUGCUACACGUCCCGAGAAAACAAAAUCCAUAUACACUCAACCAAUUGGUGAAGAUAUUAAUUCAACCAUUCAACCCUUUAAUCAUAAUGAUGAUUCAUCUAUAAGUAUCAAUUCAUCAUCAGUACAACUUCCAAAUGUUUAUUUACAAUCAACUGAUCCUACUAUUUUAUCAAUGAAAAAAUCUAAUUCUUAUGAAUUCGAUGAUGAAUCUACAACAAUGUUAUUAACUAAUAAUAAUACACCUAUUAUCCCUACUAUUGUAGAUGAUCGUAUUGAUAAAAGUGUAAAUGAUCAUAAUAAAAUGACAAAUUCUAUAUGUACAACUAUUACCUCUUCUACGAAUACUGAUAUUAAGAAUAUUCGAUCAACAAUCAAUCCAACAAAUACAUCAAUAUCCAUGACAACAUCAUCAACAACAACAACAACAACAAUGCCCAUGACUAAUAUCACCUCUAUACAUAAUCAUUCUCUUACUUGUAGUCAACAUAAUUUUCAUAAUACUACUACUACUACUAUUAAUACUUCAACUACAACAUGUACAGUUAAAUCAAUAAAUCAUCAACAAAUCUUAUCAAAUACUAUAAUUACUAACCCUAUUGACAAUAAUAAUAAUAAUAAUCAUGAUAAUAACCAUACAACUAGUACAUUAGAACGUAAUAAUUUAAAUAAAAAAUGUAAAUCUAAAAUGACUGAUGAAAUGAUACAAGAAAAACUUCGAAUGAUUGUUAGUAUUGGUGAUCCAAAUAGAAAAUAUCAAAAAUUAGAAAAAAUUGGUCAAGGAGCAUCUGGUGUUGUUUACAGUGGAAUUGAAUCAACAACAGGACGUCGUGUUGCAAUAAAACAAAUGAAUUUAAAAAAACAACCUAAAAAAGAAUUAAUUGUUAAUGAAAUUUAUGUAAUGAAAGUUAAAAAACAUCCAAAUGUUGUUAAUUAUUUAGAUAGUUAUCUUAUUGGUGAUGAAUUAUGGGUUGUAAUGGAAUAUUUAGAUGGUGGUUCAUUAACAGAAGUUGUUACUGAAACAUUAAUGGAUGAAGGACAAAUUGCAGCUGUAUGCAGAGAGUGUUUACAAGCAUUGGAAUUUCUUCAUAAAAAUCAAGUGAUUCAUCGUGAUAUUAAAUCAGAUAAUAUUUUAUUAGGAUUAGAUGGUUCAGUAAAAUUAACGGAUUUUGGUUUUUGUGCUCAACUUAGUCCAGAACAAACAAAACGUUCUACAAUGGUUGGUACACCAUAUUGGAUGGCACCAGAAGUAGUAACAAGAAAACAAUAUGGACCAAAAGUAGAUAUAUGGUCACUUGGUAUUAUGGCUAUUGAAAUGAUUGAUGGUGAACCACCAUAUUUAAAUGAAAAUCCUGUUCGUGCUCUUUAUUUAAUUGGUACAAAUGGUAAACCGGAGAUUAAAGAACGUGAUAAAUUAAGUCCAGAGUUUCUAGAUUUCUUAGAUCGAUGCCUUGAAGUCAAUGUAGAUUUACGUGCAUCUGCAUUUGAACUACUUAAGCAUCCUUUUAUUGUACGACGUUCGAAACCGUUAUCAUCUUUAACACCAUUGAUUUUAGUUGCUCGAGAUCAAGCUAGAAAUCAAACACAAUAA